AUGCUGACUGCUUUAAAGAACGCGAAGAAAAGCAAAGAAAACGCCGAUGGGUCUUCAAACGAUGAUCAGCGGGAAACAAGUGACAGCCCCGACUCGCCGCCUAAAAGCACAUCACGUAAACUUCCUUUGCACGAGUGUCUAAUUUUAGAAUUGAAAGAAGCAGGAUUUUUUGAAUCAUCAGACUAUCUGCGGGACCUCGUAUACGACAACGUACAGAUUCUAGCCGAAGAUGAGAUUGGAAUUGUAAUAGAUAUAAGGGAAAGAGAAGACUAUUUGGAACACGUUAGUGCUGGCCUGCAAAGAGCUGAACGGGAGCGAGACAAAGCUGGAGACGUCCCAAGAAUAGCCGAAGCCGUUGUAGAGAUUGGUAUCAGUCAAUUAGCAAUGAAUAAUUUGAAUAAUGCACAAAAAUCUUUUGAGAAGGCGUAUAAGAUUUAUGCAAGCAACGACGACGUUAAUGGUCUAUGCGAAACGAAAAUGCAUCUAGCCGCCGUCAUGCAAAGAUUAAGCGAGAACGAGAGAGCGGCGAAGCUGCUGACAGAAAUGGGAGCUUUGGCUAUGGAGCAAGGUCUUUGUAAGCAGUUAGGCCGCGCUCUACAACUCCUCGGUGAGCUGCAUCUAAGGAGGGAGAGGCCGGACCUUGGCACGCAGCAUCUGGCAGAGGCGUUCAGCUGUUUCAUGGGAUACAUUGUGCACGGCGAAGAUAAGCCACAAAUUCCAGCUGUUGGACGUAAAGAUUUCGAGCCUGAUUUAGAUGUCAUAUACAAGAUUGAAAACACGAAAGUAUAUGUUGAAGAAGCUGAACAAUCUAGAAUUAUGAUGGCAAUUUCUGCAGGUCAAGAACUAAUGGCAUCAUAUUUUAAAUUAAUAGAAACGGCAAGUGCGUGUUUCGUAGCGAAAGUACAGCUGAUAGAAUGGAAGUUGGCGAAGUCUGGAUGGUGGAUAGAGAAAGAACACCAUCGUUUCAUUCCGUGCUUAUGUCCUGUCCACAAUCGGACACCUUUGGAUGUAUUAUGGCUUAGAAUGGCCCCAACUAAUGAUACAAAUGUCGUCGAGGAGGAAGAAAGCAACCCUGAAAAAGUCCCAUCGCUUAACAGGGAAGCUACUGUGGACGAUAUGAGGAAACUUAGAAGCAGUUUCGUCCAACAGAAA